AUAGAAAAUGAGGACUCUCAGGGGUGCGCGGAGCAUCGGGCACCCCUGAGGCUGGUUGAAGUACAGUGAUGGGGACUUGUUUUGAUGCUCCAAAGCCUAAGUGUUUUUGGAUGCUGCUGUGUCUGAGGACUCCAGCUGCUCUGAUGAUAGCCUAAGAAGACUGCAUGCUGUUCCCUCUCAGUGUCAAGCCUGGGCCGCUGGGAACCUUGGAUCUCAGUCCUUCAUGGAGACCAGCUCCCAGCAGGAAAUUGGCACCCAGAUGGUUCCUCCAUGUGAAGUUGUCUCUGGCUGUGGGCUGACUGGAGGACACCUGGUGGCCAGCCCAGCCCUUUAUCAGUCACCCAGGACAGGGCAGCAUGGUGCGGAUUCAGAGGAGGAAGCUUCUGGCGUCUUGCCUGUGCAUGACAGCCACUGUCUUUCUGAUGGUCACGCUGCAGGUAGUGGUCGAGCUUGGAAAAUUCGAAAGGAAGAAGUUUAAAAAUUCCAAUUUGCAAGAUGGACGUAAAGAAGUGGAAGAGGAGCCUAAACAUCUCAAUCCCUUUCCUGCAAAGGCAGCACUAGCCUCGGAUGUGAAGAACACGAUGGAUGUGGGGAGCUACCCCAUUGUGCUGUGGUGGUCCCCACUGACUGGAGAGACUGGCAGGCUCGGCCAGUGUGGGCCAGAUGCUUGCUUCUUCACCAUCAACCGGACCUUCCAGCAUCAUCCUAUGACCAAGGCCUUCCUCUUCUAUGGUACUGACUUGAACAUAGACAGCUUACCUCUGCCUCGGAAAGCCUAUCAUGACUGGGCCCUAUUCCAUGAAGAGUCCCCCAAAAACAAUUAUAAGCUCUUCCACAAGCCAGUCAUCACCUUAUUCAACCACACAGCCACGUUCAGCAGGCAUUCCCACUUGCCGCUGACCACCCAGUACCUGGAAGGUGUGGAAGUCCUGAAGUCACUCAGAUACCUCGUACCUUUGCAGUCUAAAAACAACCUAAGACAAAAACUUGCUCCACUGGUAUAUGUACAGUCAGACUGUGAUCCCCCGUCAGACAGGGACAGCUAUGUUCGUGAGCUGAUGGCUUACAUUGAAGUUGAUUCCUACGGUGAGUGUUUACAGAACAAACAUCUUCCUCAGCCGCUGAAGAAUCCAGCCUCCAUGGAUGCCGAUGGCUUCUACAGGAUCAUCGCCCAGUAUAAGUUCAUCCUUGCUUUUGAGAAUGCAGUUUGUGAUGAUUACAUCACAGAGAAGUUCUGGAGACCACUGAAACUGGGGGUCGUGCCUGUGUAUUAUGGAUCCCCCACCAUCGCAGACUGGCUCCCAAGUAACAGAAGUGCCAUUCUUGUUUCCGAAUUUUCUCACCCCAAAGAACUGGCCCGUUUCAUUAGACAACUGGAUUAUGAUGACAGAUUGUAUGAGGCCUAUGUAGAAUGGAAGCUGAAGGGGGAGAUCUCUAACCAGCGGCUUCUGACAGCUCUCCGGGAACGGAAGUGGGGCGUGCAAGACAUUAACCAGGACAACUACAUCGAUACAUUUGAGUGUAUGGUGUGCCGCAGGGUGUGGGAAAACAGUAGGCUACAGGAGCAGGGCUUACCACCCAGACAAUGGAAGGCGGACGUUAGCCACCUGAGCUGCCCAGAACCCGCCUUGUUCACCUUCUUAUCUCCAGCUUCUCCGACCCUGCGUGGGAGAUCAUUGAGGGAGCUGUGGCUCCCCAGCUUUCAGCAGUCUAAGAAAGAAGCCCAGGCGCUAAGGUGGCUGGUGGAUAGGAAUCGAAAUUUUUCAUCGGAAGAGUUUUGGGCCCUAGUAUUUAAAGACUAAUGUUAAAAGAUACUAGAAUGACAGAAUUCGAUUAAUUUUCUUGGAUGCCUUAAUGUUUGGAGAGAACAGCUAUUCUGUUGAGCAGCCAUUAGAAUAAGAAUUAAUUGCAUCAGUUCUCACAGAGAGCCCUGUCAAAUAAUAGCUGUGAAUUACUUUUAGGGGUUGCCUCUAUAUUUUUAUACUAAAAAAAGUUAAGACUUUUUAGAAUGGACAUUGGUUGCCUUCAGUUUAUGUGUUUGGACCCACGGACUCGCUGUCUCCUGUGGAACCUGACCUAAGGUCAAGUGCUUUCGUAGCUGCAGACCUAGCUGUGGAUGUGUGAUACUCACUGCCCUGUCAGCACCUCAUUGGUAUUUGGCAAGCCCAGUUUCUUGAUGUUGAGAGUGAAGGAAACGCUUUAGAACUUGGCCGUGAGAGAUUCCAGCUGUUGUUCUCAGGGAUGUGAGUGAGGAAGGAAGGCUGUGUCAAGCAUCUCUGUUCUCCCAGUCCGAAGGACACAUGCAUGUCUUCCUUUGUCUCUACACCUCCAAGUCACCCCGCUAGCGAAGGGGCUCUAGCUGGCCCAAGCAUAGCGGACAUGGCUCUGGCAGGCCUUGACCAUCCCUGCUCCCUCUGCCUUGCUGAACUGUUAGAUUACAUCUCCAAAGCUAGCCUCCAAGGUCUGUUGCCUUAUUUGGCCACUUCCUGCCCCUGAGGAGGACCACCAAGGUCCAGCUAUCAAACUAUUGAAGUCCAACAAUCAAAAGCCCCCUUUUAGCUGCCCUAAUUAACAUGCCCAAUCAAAAUUAAACACCUCACCCUAACAUGGGGUUUCCCUUUAUUUCUUUAUUUGCCCAUGGGUCUCCUCUCUAUCCAGAGGCAGUCCUUUGUCCCUCUGAGACAAAUACCCCUUCCCCCCUCUCCCUUAUAUCCUUCCCUUCCCCCUCAUCCUCUCUCCCUUGUCUCUGUCUCUUAUUCCCUGUCCUCUGUCCCUCUGGGGCAAAUAAAUCUCCUUUGUGCUGAGAACUUGGUCUUGGGCUGUCUUGUGCUGACUUCGAGGUCCUUUCAACUAGCCUAGUCUAUAUUCUCUUUACUUGUGGCCUCCUCCCAUUUCUCUCUGAAGUGGAAUUUUCUAUAAAGACAUGACUCCCAGUUUUCCCUUCAGUGAGAUGUCACUAAUUGUUUCUUACGCUAUGGCGCAGGAGAGGAAGAAUUGUCAUAUUCAUGGCAAACAGCCGUUUAUUUUGAUCAAGGUGAGGGAAGUGAACGCCCUGGCUGGGCUCUCCUUGGGUCCAAGUUGAUUGUCAUUAGGAUGAUGCAGACAGCCUGUCAUGGUAGGCAGGCAGUCUGCUGAGGGGUGUUUCCUGGUUUCUAAUGCUGUCAGAGAAGGUUCAGCCAUAUUGUCUGGUUACCUCCUGGAGCUCUCUGAAAACAAGGAGAAACAACACUGGCUUUCAUUCCAUUAGAUGGUAAGGAGACGCUGGUCCACACAAAGGCCUCUUGGUGACUGUUGUGUUGGUUUCUGUGUUCUUAACUGUGGGAAUACAUAAGCAUUGCCCUCCAGCUGUGUCGUCCAGCCUACAAGAAAUGAUGAAAAAUAACUCAUUCUUGAUGGGCAGUAGGGUCACCUUGCUGUGGGAGAACCUGUCUGUGGAGAGGGGUUCUCCUCAACCCUACAUCUGUCAUUAAUUCCACAUGACUUUAGGCAAGUCUCUUAACCUCCUUGGGCCUUGGGUUUUAUAUCUUAAGAAAUGAUUGAGCUGAUCUUUGAGGUGGUAACGUUCUUUCAUUCCUCAUGAAAAUUUAAGAUGUUUAAUUUUAUAGGCCCUUUUACUGAUGUGGGAAUAAACUGCCUUAGAUGUGUGUUGUUCAAUAGAAGUAUAUUUUUCAGAGAACAGAGCAUAUGUAUUUUACUUAUUAUUGGGAAUGGAGGGGAUUCUCUACCAUUUUAUCUAAUAACAUCAAAGCAGUAAAGGUUUGAAAGGGGUUGCUGGUGUAAGGCCAGGCUUUAAACUGUAUACUGAAUGAAGUGGAGUUCUUUCUGAAUCCUCGAAAAUGGUCUGCAAAAGGAAUUAUGCCUUUGACGAAAUAAUGUAGUAGUUUUACUUUCUCUCCAUAAAUGUCUACAACAAAUGCUUAGUUCUCCACGUGUGUCUUUAAUCUCAGUAU